GACAAUUUUGCUGUCGGUUAUCACGGUUUUUCUGGCUUUAAAGCUGCCACCGCUGAAUGAAAAAGGAUUGUUUGUUUUGCUGACGACACUACUUAUUGUUAUGUGUUUGAUAUUCGCUGAGGCAGCUGCGGGGUUCAUUAAAAGACCAGAACUUGAAUCUGCAUUUCUCACUGCACAAGGGGUACUGUCCUGCCUGUUUGUACUCGUUAUGAUGUUCAUCUUUGUCAAUAAACGACAAUUAAUUCUGGAGCGUCUGUCACCUCAAUGCUCAUCACCGUUUCUAGCAUUUAUCGUCUGGUGUUCGAUGAUAUGUCUGUUCACGCAAAUAUUAAUCUGCUUCCCAACAUGGAGUGAUGGAAAAUGUCCAGAGUAGUGACAAACUAAUGCAAACGUUUCCAACGUUUCGACUAUUCUUCACAUCCAGAAAUGUUAAAUAAACAACUUUAUUCACUGUACUUCUAUUAACUACCAAUUUAAAAUUUAUUUUCUUCAUUCUGAACACUGUAUGAUUCUUUGAUUUCCUGCAAUGUCUGAAUUGAUUAAAUGUAAAAUUAGAAGC